CCUUUUCACAUUUUUUAUUAAAAUAUUUCUACUUUGAGGAGAUAAUGGUAAAGUUUAUUGGACUUAAAAUUCAAGGAAUUCGAAGUAUUGGUGAUUCGCCGCAGUGCAUUAAUUUCUUGACUCCGUUAACUAUAAUUCAAGGGCCUAAUGGGACGGGAAAGACGACGGUCAUUGAAGCCUUAAAUUACAUUACGACAGGUGCCUUGCCAGCAGGGAAAAUGCCAACAUUUAUUCACAAUAAUCAGGUUUGGUUGAAAGUUGAUGCUUUGGUUCAACUUAUCUUCAAGGACAUUAAAGGCAAUACUUGUACGGCAACCAAGCGAUUGAAUGCGAGCGUUGUACGUGGAGGUAAAUUGACUACGAAAUCUGAUGAAUUUAAUCUUAAAAUUGUUGACAAGUUUGGUAAUCCAAAGUCACUUUCUUCAAAAAUUGGUGAUUUCAAUAAAGAGAUGCUUAAUUUAAUUGGAGUGCCUAAAGCAAUUCUUGAAUUUGUUCUAUUCUGUCAUCAAGAAGAAUCAAAUUGGCCUCUUUCUGAACCAAAAGAAUUAAAACAACGUUUUGAUGCAAUUUUCGAAGUUACAAAAUAUGUAAAGGCUUUGGAUGCAAUCAAAAGGAAUAUUAAAGAAUUGAACCUGCAAAUUCAGUUAAUUGACAAAGAACUUCCUCAUUUGGAAAGUAAUUUGCGUUCUAGAGCUGAGUUAACUAUGAAUUAUGACACGAGCCGUACAACAUUAAAACAAAAUCGAGUAAUAAUUGACAAUUUGUUGGAAGAAAAGAAAGUUGUUGAAGCAGAAUUAGUUGUAACUCGAGAAAAAUUGGAAAAAGCUGUUGAGGCAUCACAUAAAUUUGAGGUGAUUAAAGGAAAGAUAAAUACACAUCAACGUUAUAUGGAAGAAUUUCUUACUGAAAGUAAUUAUCCUGGAACACGUGAACAAUUGUUAAUUGCUAUUAAUGAUCUAAGCCAUUCUAGUGAAAUACUUGAAGCUGAAGCUAAUAGAAUGAGUAUUGUUCGUAAUAUCUCAACCUUUGCGAAGAAAAUUGCUGAUUUGAAAAAAGAAGAAGAAUAUUACCGUGAAAGAAUGAUUGAAUAUGAUUCUAAACAAAUGGUCAUGAAAAAUCGGGAGGAUGAAUAUUUGACUUUUUUGAAUCAACUUUCUGAAAAAUACCAGAUUCCAUUAGGACCAACCUUUAUUGACAAACUUAAAGCUCAGGCUGAUGCUACAAUGGCGAAAUCGGCUGAAUCGAUUAAACUUGAAUCUGCACGUGCAGAUGAAUUAUCUGAUAAUAUUGAAAACUUGCGUAUUCAAUUGGCUGAAUACAAAAGCGAAAGCCAGUCAAAACGACAAGAAUUUUACAAACUUUCUCAGCAAAUUUGUAUCGCUGAAAGAGAAUUUAAGAAUGCAGAAAAUGCUUCAAAUGCAGUUGUCAAACUUUCUCAAGAAAUUGUCAAAUGGGAGACUCAAUUACAAUCACUUGGUGAUUUCAAAUUGCUAGAUGAUAUUUGGGAUAAUCUUCAAGAGAUGCAGAGUGCUUUGAAUGUUCUUCGAAUGGAUUUGAUGGAAUUAGGUGCUGGUACUUCUAUUGAUGAUGCUAGAGAAAUGUCAACAGCUGUUUUGGAGCGAAUGAAUGGUAAAUUGGAAACUGUCUCUAGCCAUAUUACUGUUUUGAAAAAACGAGUGCAAAUUACAAAUCAGUUAAUGGAAUUUAAAGAUAGAAAAGCUUUGGCUGGAGAAAAAGUUGUUCAAGUUGAAUCUAUGAAACAAAAGUUGGAUCAAAAUAAAGAAAAACUUAAAGAAGUUGAAUCACUACUUGCUUCUGCAAAUCAACAUUUGCCUGGUUUAGAAAAAGAAAUUUCAAAACUUGAAGGGGAAAGGACCAAAAUUUUAAAAGAAAUUUGUACUAAGGAACGAGAUGCUCAAAUGGUUGUUGAUUCUAUUGAUCUUGCAAUUUCAAAAAUAAAUGAUAUGAAAAAUUUGAAUGAAAGAGAUCGUGAUUCAACUGAUUCAACAGAUGAUUAUAGAGAAAAAAUGGAAGAAAAGAGGCGUGAAAUUGAUGGAUUAUUAGAUCAACGACGUAAAUUAGAAACUCAAUUGAGCGGUGUUGAAAAUAGAAAGUAUGAAUUAAAACGUUUACAGGAGCAAUUGUCGAGAAUGGAUAUUCAGAAAGAGAUUGACAUGUUGCAAAGAGAAUUAAGAGAAGCAAAAGAAAGUGCAAUGAUCGAAGGAAUUGAAAGUUUAACUGAAACUAGAACGAAGGAGAACAGACUUAGUCAACGUGCUGUUGAGAUUAACAAUAAAAUUCAUGAAAAGAAUGGAGAACAAUUACAAUUGAGAAAGAAAAUUGAAGAUUUGAAGAGACAAUUAUCUGAAACUCGUUAUGUGGAUGCAAAAAAACUUUAUAUUGGUAAAAUGGUUGAACGACAAGUUACUUUAGAGGCUAUUGAAGUAUGGGGGUUUUUUCUAAUAUAA